AUGACGGCAAUACCAAGUUAUUUAUAUUAUAUCGAAGCGAGAUGGCGAAAAGUUUUCGAAGCAAAUGACUACGGUAAAAUUGAUAGAAUUAUCUGGUACGACCAAGAAGGCGUCAUCGUCACUGGAAAUGGUAGGAGAGUUCGUGCGUUAAGAUACGCCGACGGGUUGGAAGUAUGGCAAUUAGCAGCAACGUCAGGAACGAAUUCCAAUGAAGAGACAAUUUCCAAAUCUUGUCAAGUGAUCAAAAAUCGAUUCGAUCCAGGUACUAUUCAUAUUCUCAACGAUGAUCUCCUAUGGAGUGUCUCAUCCUAUGGAGAGAUGCUCUGGUCGAUCGAACUACCUACAAAACCAACGCUGAAAAGUCUAUUUCUUUUUUCAACAUCUCAAUAUGUGAUCGUCACCAGUUUGGAUUCAAAUUCGAAUAAACUCCAAGUAACUUAUUACUCAAAACAAAAUGGUGCUCAAGCAUUCUCUUCAUCGAUCCCAUGGUCAUUCAAUGCCAAGGAUAGUCAAAGUAAAUGUUCAACAAUGAAUAAUAUCAUUUUAUGUGCCAAUAAUGCUGAACUUUCAAUGAUUACAAUUCCAACGACAAUUGAUGACACAAAUAUCAACACUCGUCAAAUCCAAUUCUCCAAUCCAAUCGAACAAAUUCGAGUUUUAUACGAAAGCAACACACGAAGUAUCGUCUCAAUCAAAACUGACAAUGCUGAAACUAAAGUUUACCAAUUCAAUAAGAAAGAUUCAACCAAUGAAUGGAGUUACCAUGAAUUAAACAUUCAAAUCAAAUCCAAUGCAUUCUAUAGUGUCGUAUCUGAUAAAAAUUCUGGUGGCCAACAAAUUCUAGAAGGAUCUGCCAGUCAACAAAAGCUUAAUUUCUAUCUUUCAACUAUUAGUGAACAAACAUUGACUAAUACACGUUCAUAUUCGAUCGAACUUCCCGAAAACAUGGGUGAUAUCGAAUAUCUUUCAUAUUCCAAUGUGAAACAUACUCAAUUUGUAACAUUAAGAAUGCAAGAUGCUUCUUUACUCGUGAUUAAAUUAGCAGAUAAUGGAGCUGAAUUGAUUUUACAUCGUGAUGAAGCCUUAUCUUCGAUUAUAUCAGUCGAAGCAUUCGAUUUAUCUCUAUCGAGCGGACAAAUGCGUAUCGAAGACGAAUUCGGUGGCACAGAAAUGUUCAGCAUGUUUGUUCGAAGAAUAUCUUCACAAAUAUCACAAUUAACGAGUUUUGUUAUGCGUUUGAUGAAUAUGUUCACAAAUGCACAUGCAAAUCGUGAAUAUAUGGAUAAACAAGCAGCACUUGUUCGAGAUGAAUUUAAUUUAAAUAAGAUUCUUAUUGUUGUUACGUCUGUCGGCAAGGUUUUCGGCAUUUUAACACAAAGUGGCGGUAUUCUUUGGAAACAUUAUUUUACAGAUUUCGCACCAUUCGAGCAUUUUAACACACUACAAGUACCUUUAUUUCAUAUCCGUUCGGCCGCUCACUAUACUCACCCGCCAUUAGCAUCGAUUGUCUAUCGUGAUCGAAAUUCUUUGUAUGAAACUCAUGUGCGAACAUUUAAUCCAUACACAGGCGAUUUCGAAGAGAGUCUCAGUACGUCAUCACUCCCACAUCGUAUUAAACGUGUUUUUCUAUCAACGCAAAUUGUUAAUGAUUUCUGCAAAGUCUUAUUAUUCGUUGAUGCAAAUAACAAAAUCCACACAUAUCCAACUGUGCCCUUAUCACGAGCGUUGAGCACAACAACUCCCACAUAUAUUUAUCUAUUUGAUAAAGCCGAACAAGCAUUUAUUGGGUACUACUUAACAAUUAAUGAAAAUGAGCAAGAAAGUUCAACAGGUUUGAAAGAAGNUGUUAAAGAUAUUGUUAAACAUAUUAAACGUUACUCGACAUUAUCGUUAUCUUUAACCGAUGUUAAUAAUAUUCUUCAUCAUGCCAAUUCCUCUCCAACAAGUUUAUCGCCGACUGAAAUCGAGAAAUUGAAAAAGUUCACCUCAAGUAUGUCAAUGACAAAUGUGGAAAAUAAUAAGCCAUUACUUCCUUCAACAUCAACCAAUGGAUCAGCCAUACGAGCCAUAAGUUCAAUGGAUGUUAAAUAA